UCUCCUCCGCUGGUCGCCAUGGUGCAGAUGAUGGAGUCGCAGUGCGAGUACUUCAUGUACUUCCCCGCGGUGCCCAUCAGCGACCUGUCGGACCCGGCGCGGUACCGCGCGCUGCCGCGCCGCAGCCACCUGUACCUGGGGGAGACGGUGCGCUUCCUGCUGGUGCUGCGCUGCCGCGACGGGGGGGGCACGCCGAGCGAGCCCGGCCCCGCAGGUGGCGCUGACGGCCCGGCCGCCGUCUUCGGGACGGAGUCGGCCAGCGGCCGGGCCUGGAGGGAGCUGGCGGGUUCGCUGUGCGCCGUGGCCAGCGUGAGCCCGGGGGACAGCGCCCGCCACCGAGGCCACCACCACCACAGCUACCAGGGCGGCGGGGACGAGGCCCGCGAGGACGGCGAGGACGACUACAUGGCGGCGGCCGAGGCGGCCAUCGCGGCGCUGGGCAGCCGGGUGGACUCCCGCUGCCGCAGUUUCAGGGACUGCAAGCCGCUGCUCAUACACAACUCGUCUGGCACGGCGGCGAGGGAAUUCCGCAGGGCACCUGUUCAGUCCCCGCUGGACGAACCGGUGGUGCUGACCGAUGAGGUCAUCUUCCCUCUCACUGUCUCCCUGGACAAACUCCCCGUCAGCACCCUGAAGGUCAAGGUGAUGGUGACCGUGUGGAAGAAAGAGGGGGAGAAAGGGGAAGUGCAGGAGCUGGGCUACCUGAGCGUCCUGCAGCAACGAGAGCCGACACACACCUUCAGACACGACCUGAACACCUUCAAAGCUCAGGUGAGCACCACGCUGACCGUCCUGCCCCCCCCCACCCUGCGCUGCAAGCAGAUGACCGUCUCCGGGAGGCACCUCGUCGUCCUCAAAGUUCUCAACGAGUCCUCCCAGGAGGAGCUCAGCGUGCGAGACGUUCGUGUCCUACCGAACCUGAACGCCUCGUACCUCCCAGUGAUGCCCGACGGCUCCGUGCUGCUGGUGGACAACGUGUGCCACCAGUCCGGUGAGGUCGGCAUGGCCUCCUUCAGCCGGGUGGACAGUCCAGCCUCCCGCCUUCCCAGCAUGCUUUGCGCUCUGGAGGAGCACGACUUCCUGUUCCAGCUGCACCUCAACGACGUCCCGCAGGACGACUCCAACGAGGGGAUGGAGGUUCCCCUGGUCGCCGUGCUGCAAUGGUCGACUCCCAAGAUGCCGUUCACCAACUGUAUCUACACCCACUACAGGUUGCCGAGCGUCCGGCUGGACGAGCCUCGCUUCGUGAUGACGGCCAGCUGCCCGAGCAGCGUCGCCGUGAAGGAGAACUUCAAGGUCAAGUACGUUCUGCUCAACAACCUCCAGGACUUCCUCGCCGUGCGGCUGGUCUGGACCCCGGAGGGUCGGGGUCACGGCGACGAGGCCUCGCUGGCUGCCGUCGUCUGCCACUCCCCUCUCAGCAACCUGGGCCACAGCCGCAGAGGCAGCACCUUGUCCUUCAGCGUGGCCUUCCAGAUCCUCAAGCCCGGGCUCUACGAGCUGAGUCAGCACAUGAAGCUGAAGCUCCAGUUCACGGCCUCCGUGUCCAACCCUCCUCCAGACGCUCGGCCGCUGUCACGUAAGAACAGCCCGUCCAGCCCGGCCUUUCGAGACCUGCUGGACCGGCACCAGGCCAGUCUGGGUCGCUCGCAGUCCUUUUCCCACCAGCAGCCCUCUCGCUCCCACAUCAUGAGGACGGGCAGCGCCAUGGAGCGGCGGGCCAUCACCCCCCCCGUGGGCUCCCCGGUGGGCCGGCCGCUCUACCUGCCCCCCCAGGACAAGUCGAUGCUGUCGCUGGACAAGAUCGCCAAGAGGGAGUGCAAGGUCCUGGUGGUGGACCCCGCCAGCUAGCGGGCGAGGAGGCAGGAGGCAAGGGGGCAAGGAGCAGUGAGGAGAGGCCUCGACAGAGGAAAAUAAAAUGAAUCAGUGAAAACACAAAAGGACAUUUUAGAGACUUAAAACAGAAAUGAGACUUGACUGAACGUGAAACACACAAAGACAUGAAAAAGAAGAAGAAGCUUCAACAGGAAGAAAAAGACAUUUGAAUGUUUUCAAUAGUUUUAUUGCCAAAAACCUGCAGAGCUAAAGACAUUCAACCAGCUGGUGUUGACUGAUGGCUAAUGUUAGCAUGCUAAGCUAGCGAGUGUUUGUCAGUCUGCUGAGUGGUGAACGAUGACAGUAAUUCAGGUCGAUUCAGUAUUACGUGUUUUUUUCUGACACAUUUUGUUUUAUUUGGAAUAUGGCAAGACUUUUGUUUUUAGCUUUUAAGUGGUGAA